AUCAUGCCAGCGGCCAUGCAGACCGAGCCUUCCCCUGUUGCUGGUGGAGGAGAACCUGUGGCACCUGACCAGGGUCUGGUGACGUUUGAGGAGGUGGCCGUGUAUUUCACAGAGGAGGAGUGGGCUCUGCUGGAUCCGGACCAAAGAGCCCUGCAAUGGGAAGUCAUGGUGGAGAAUUAUGGGAUUCUGGCUUCUCUGGCAGGAGAUGGGUGGAAGAACGGGAAUGAAGAAACACCGUGCACGGUCUCCUUGGAAAAAGCCAAAUGUUCGGAGGGGGAAGAGCAGAAAAGGGAAACUGAGGCAGAAGAGAAGAGGGGAAAUCCCUUCCUCGCUUCCGACUUCCACAAAAUCGCAAUCCACGAAAAGACGGACGCCGAAAAGAAGCGGAGCGUGUGCGCCGUGUGCGGGAAAAGCUUUAGCCGCAAAUCGCACCUCAACGAACACCAGAGAAUCCACACCGGGGAGAAACCCUACAAAUGCGCCGAGUGUGGCAAGAGCUUCCGCCGCAGCACGGACCUCUCCUCUCAUCAGCGAACCCACACGGAAGAGCAGCCGUUCAAAUGCUCCGAGUGCGGGAAGAGUUUCCGGGGGAGCUCGGACCUCCGGUCUCACAAGCGGACCCACACCGGGGAGAAACCGUACGCCUGCUCUCUGUGCGGCAAGAGCUUCAGCCACAGCAUCAGCCUCAACUCUCAUCAGAGAACCCACACGGGAGAGCAGCCGUUCAGGUGCUCCGUUUGCGGGAAGAGCUUCACGCGCAACACGGGCUUGACUCUGCACCACAGAAUCCACACAGGGGAGAAGCCGUACACUUGCUCCUUGUGCGGCAAGAGCUUCAGCCACAGCAAGAGCCACGCCAUCCACCUCAAGGUGCACGCAGGGGAGAAACCCUACACGUGCCCGGAGUGCGGGAAAAGCUUCAUCGGCAGCUCGUACCUUAAGUCACAUCAGAGAAUCCACACAGGGGAGAAGCCCUAUAUGUGCCCUGUGUGUGGGAAAAGCUUCAGGUGGAGUACAAACUUUAAUGAACAUAAAAAAAUCCACACGGGGGAGAACGUGGUGAAUUCUAGGAAUCCCUGGAUUGGAGAAAGUCUUCCUGGUAGGGCACAGAUCUUCGUAAUGGAGGAUUCCCUCGAGGAAGAUGGCCGCCGGUCGAUGAGGCUUUUCGAGCCCUGCUGGGGGUCCGAUUGGAAGCACGGCCAGAAAAUGGAAGGGAGAGGCACGGCUGCCCCCAAAACAGGAAGAGGCCCGCAAAAUGUCAAGACUGUGAACAGCAGGGGGUUCUGGGAAAGGGUGGUGCAGAAGGAGGUGGCCGGGGGCACCCACGGCCCGCAUGCUGAGUGCCAACGCUUCAGGGCGGUCGGCUACUGGGAUGACCAGGGACCCCGAGAGGUUUGCAGCCGACUCCACCGCCUUUGCCGCCAGUGGCUGAAGCCGGAGAGACACACCAAGGCUCAGAUCCUGGACAUGGUGAUCCUGGAGCAGUUCUUGGCUGUCCUCCCCCCGGAGAUGGAGAACUGGGUCAGGGAAUGCAGAGCAGAGACCAGCUCCCAGGCGGUGGCCCUGGCAGAAGGUUUCCUCCUGAGCCAGGCGGAGGGGAAGAAGCAGGAGGAGGAACAGGGCCUGUUAGGAGAAGUCGCUGGUGAGUUCCCUGAGGCAGAGGAGACAUCGCCAGAGGAUGCCACACGGAGGCGGCUGUUCAGGUGGAUCGUGCAGGAGGGCGAUGGAGGGGCCGCCAUGCCAGGUUGCGAAAAGUCGCCGGGAACGGCUACAGAACCGUCUCCUCUCCGUGGUGGAUCGGAAGCAGCCACUUUGCAGCUGGAUCCGGUUCCGGUGACAUUUGAGGAGGUGGCUGUGUAUUUCACGGAGGAGGAGUGGGCUCUGCUGGAUCCGGGCCAAAGAGCCCUGCAAUGGGAAGUCAUGGUGGAGAAUUAUGGGAAUCUAGCCUCUCUGGAUGAUGCUUGGAUGAGCUGGAACAAGGAAGAGCCUCAUGGAGCAUCUUUUAAAAGAGCCCAAUGUACAGAGGGGGAGGUACAUAGAAGGACAACGGAGACCAAAGCAAAAGAGAUAAAGAGGAACAAAUCUGCUUUUGAAGGGACGUUUCCCCCUGAAAUAACGAUUCAAGGGGAAAUGAGCCGCGCGAAAAGGUCAUUUCCGGAGGCCGGCUUUGACGAGGCAGAAGCCCAAGAAGAAAGGAGCGAAGGCAAGAGAAAGAUUGACUGUGACGUCUGCGGGAAAAGCAUUAGUAAAUCGCACCUUAAUGAACACAAACGAACCCACACAGGGGAGAAACCGUUUCAGUGCUCGGAGUGCGGGAAGAGCUUCAGUCGGCGGGAACACCUUACUUCUCAUCAGAGAACCCACACGGAGGAGAAGCCUUACACGUGCUUGCAGUGUGGGAAAAAUUUCAAACACCGGAAAAAUAUGACGUCCCAUCAAAUUGUACACAGCAGGGGGCUAACUUGCAACUCCUCGGAGUGUGGAAAUUGCCUCAGUCCCAGCCUCACCUUGCAGCACCACGCUCUGGAGAAACCAUUUAGAUGUUCAGAGUGUGGCAAGAGCUUCAGUCGGAGCACAGACCUGAGGUCGCACCAGAGAAUCCACACAGGGGAGAAACCAUACUCGUGUUCACUGUGUGGAAAGAGCUUCACCCACAGCAGAAGCCUCAGCUCCCAUAAAGUCACGCACACAGAGGAAAGGCCGUUUGAGUGCUCUGAGUGUGGCAAGAGCUUCAGUCGGAACACCAGCCUUACUAUUCACCAGAGAAUCCACACAGGGGAGAAACCGUAUACGUGUUCCCUGUGCGGGAAGAGUUUCAGUCACCGAAGGAGCCACGCCAUUCACCUAAAAGUACACGCAGGGGAGAAACCUUUUACGUGCUCAGACUGCGGGAAAAGCUUCAUAGGGAUUUCGUACCUCAAGACACAUCAGAGAAUCCACACUGGGGAGAAGCCGUAUACGUGCCCCGUGUGUGGGAAGAGCUUCCGGUGGAGCACGCACUUCAAAGAGCACAAAAAAAUCCAUGUUGAGGAGACUCUGGUGAAUCCUAGAAAUGCCUGGGUUGUGGAGAAAACUCCCAGGAUGGUCAUGUCAGGGGAUUCACUAUGUGCAAACCUCUCGUGGUCCCUCAGCCUCCUGGUAGCAGAAGUGCUGGAGAGCUGCACAAAUGGACAAAGAGAAAGUGAGAACAGAGCAAAGAUCCUUCUGUUUUCGCUGGGUGCCGUGCUGGAUCGCGGAUGGAGGAUGGAAGAACAGGACUUUGCCAGCCCUGAUCCGGGAUUAAUCUGCCCUGCCACCCAGUCUGGGAACAUAGGGGAAUUCCAGGAAAGGAGCCUGCAGAAGAUGCCGGACCAAAAAGCCCCUGGUUUGGAUGUACGUUGCUGGAGGUUCAGGCAUUUCUGCUACCUAGAAGCUGAGGGACCAAGAAAGGUCUGCAGCCGGCUCCGCCACCUUUGCCAUCAGUGGCUGAAGCCGGAGAGGCACAACAAGACCCAGAUCUUGGACCUGGUGAUCCUGGAGCAGUUCCUGGCUGUCCUUCCCCUGGAGAUGGAGAACUGGGUCAGAGAUUGUGGGCCGGAGACCAGUGCUGAGGCAGUGGCCCUGGCGGAAGGUUUUCUCCAGGGCCAGGCAGAGGACAGCAGGCAGGAAGAGGAAGAGGUGUCGGGGCGGCUCCUGGAGGCGGCAGUGACUUUCCCCAGGAAAGGGCAACCUUCAUUCCGGAAUUCCCAGCGGCAGCUCGAUGGGGAGUUUUAUCCAGAGAAGAAAGAGGAAACCAGUGUGAUAGGUGACGGUAGGCAGGAGAGUGAGGAUGAAGUUCAAGCUCGGGAAGUAUCAGCAAAAAGAGACGAGCGUCUGGAGAUGCCGGAGAAAGCUGGAGCUCAAAAUUGCGCGGAGACGGAGGAGGGAAACCCAGCGGAGAAUUGGUGGGAUGAUCAUGAUGGGGAUUCCUCUAUGAUCCCAGUUCAAAAUGAGAAAAACAGUGGGGGGAAAGAGUAUAAGUGCCCUGUAUUUGAGAGCACCUUCAGUAGUGAAUUAAACCUGGAGGGACACCGGCGAACUCAUACCGGGGAGAAGCCGUAUACGUGUCUGGAGUGCGGAAAGAGCUUCAACUGGAGCACGAAUCUGAUUAGACAUCAGAUAAUACACAGAGGGGAGAAACCUUACAAAUGCACAGAGUGUCGGAAGAGCUUCAACUGGAGCACACACCUUAUAAGACACCAGAGAAUCCACACCGGGGAGAAGCCGUACAUCUGCCUGGAGUGCGGGAAGAGCUUCAGUUCGAGCACGAGCCUCGCGUACCACCAGAAAACCCACACGGGGGAGAAGCCGUACAAAUGCUCGGACUGCAGCAUGAGCUUCUGCGUCAAAUCCAGCCUUAUGAGACAUCAGAGAAUCCACACGGGGGAGAGGCCGUACGGUUGCUCCGAGUGCGGGAUGAACUUCACGGCCAAGUCGGACCUCACUUUGCACCAGAGGGUCCACACGGGGGAGAAGCCGUACAAGUGCCCCGAGUGCGGGAAGACGUUUGGCCGGAGGAUAAACCUCACUUCCCAUCAGAGAACUCACACGGGGGAGAGGCCGUACAAAUGCUCGGAUUGCGGGAAAAGCUUCCGUAACACGUCGCACCUCCUUCGGCACAGGCGGAUCCACACGGGAGAGAAGCCUUAUAAAUGCCUGGCGUGCGGGACGCAGUUUGGUCGGUGCGAGCAGCUCGCUUCCCAUCAAAGAGUUCACACUGGGGAGAAUCCCUAAAAGUGCAUGGAAAGUGUUUCAGUUCAAAUGCUGCCC